ACGCCCGAAAAUGAAUGGGUCCGACAUCAAGAAGGCCGCAAUCCAGAAAGCAAAGCAGGUCGCCCACUCCGCAACCAACGCUGCCAACGGCACCAACGGCAAGAAGCGCAGAAAGCAAGAACUGAAACCCAUCGUCACCACCGAACACCAAGAGGCCACCCGCGACGUGAGUCCGUCAGGCUCAGAUUCAUCCUCGCUUUCUGGCGACGAACAAACAGAGAACACGGCCGACGAGGAGGACUCGGAAGACUACUGCAGGNGUGGCUACCACCCCGUUCAGGUUGGCGAAGAAUACAACAAUGGCAAAUAUACCGUCGUGCGCAAGCUAGGCUGGGGCCACUUCUCAACUGUCUGGCUCUCGCGCGACAACGAUACGGGCAAGCACGUCGCUCUCAAGGUCGUGCGCUCUGCCGCCCACUACACAGAAACUGCCCUGGACGAAAUCAAAUUGCUUAACAAGGUCGUCCAGGCCAACAUAGAUCACCCCGGCAGGAAACAUGUAGUCAGCUUGCUCGACUCCUUCAACCACAAAGGCCCUCACGGCAUGCACGUCUGCAUGGUCUUUGAGGUUCUGGGCGAAAACCUUCUGGGCCUGAUCAAGCGCUGGAACCACAGAGGCAUCCCCAUGCCCCUCGUCAAACAGAUUACCAAGCAGGUCUUGUUGGGUCUCGACUACCUCCACCGCGAAUGUGGCAUUAUCCAUACCGAUCUCAAGCCCGAAAACGUUCUUAUCGAAAUUGGUGAUGUCGAGCAGAUUGUCAAGACAUAUGUUCAGGAAGACCCUAGCAAGGCAAAGGACGAACACCGUAACGGCAGAAGGAGGAGAAGAACCCUCAUUACUGGCAGUCAACCUCUACCUAGCCCUCUCAACGCUAGUUUUAGUCAGACCGACCUGUCGAGCUUGAACAAGCUCAUGGCAGACCAAGGUAAACCUGUUCCGAUUACGGGCCCAAGCCCCAGUCCGAGUCAAGAUGUUGAAAUGAGUGGUGCUGUAGGCGCGACUUCCNCCACAAAAUCCAUGAAAGAGUCACUCGGCAUCUCAGAUGAAGCAGCCCAGAAGGAACGAGAGAAGACUGCGUAUUNNGAUAUUCUUGCCAACAACGUCUCUGGCAUCGACCUGUCGUCCUCGACUUCAUCAACCAAGGCGCCAGAAGAGGUAUCAUUCGACACAAUCUCAGUCAAGAUUGCCGACUUGGGCAACGCAUGUUGGGUCGGGCAUCACUUCACAAACGACAUUCAGACACGACAAUACAGAUCACCAGAGGUCAUCCUCGGAGCAAAGUGGGGUGCUAGCACAGAUGUUUGGAGCAUGGCUUGCAUGGUCUUCGAACUCAUUACUGGUGACUACCUCUUCGACCCCCAAUCCGGCACAAAGUACGGCAAGGACGACGAUCACAUCGCUCAAGUCAUAGAACUGCUCGGCACCUUCCCCAAGUCGCUGUGCGUUGGUGGAAAAUGGUCACAAGAGAUAUUCAAUCGCAAGGGAGAGUUGCGCAACAUCCACCGCCUCCGCCAUUGGGCCUUGCCUGAUGUUUUGAGAGAAAAAUACCAUUUCAGCAUUGAGGAGAGUAAGCGUAUUGCUGAAUUCCUGUUGCCCAUGCUCGAGCUUCUCCCUGCAGACCGCGCUAAUGCUGGAGGUAUGGCUGGCCACGGCUUCCUAGAUGGCACAAAGGGCAUGGAUGGUGUCAAGCUGGAAAUCGAGCCUGGCACCAAGGGUGAGGGCAUUGAUGGAUGGGCCACAGAGAUUAAGAAGCAACGG